UUUUAGGAGACAAUGGCUUCCCGAGAAACUAUUCUGGACGUUUUGGCAAAGUUGGAGGAGUGCAAAGAAACUUUGAAUAAUUCAUUGAAUUACGAUGAAGCUGCCAACUCAAAUGGUUCAUCGACCUUUCAAGAUCAGUCAGAGAUCAAGAUAGAACACAUUGCUCCGAAUUUAGUAUUUGAAAAUGGAACAGUGCCACAAGAGCAGUCGAAUUCGUUCCAAUGGUACGAGGAGGAGGUUUCAAAUGAUGCAUGUGUUUCAAGUAACGAAUAUUCUGGUGUGAAGCUGUGCCCGUUUAAUAUUGGAUUCAAAAGUUAUAAUACGCCUCCAGAUCAAAUGCAACAGCUUGAUAAAUCAAUAAGCGAUAACAUGGCUUGUCGCAUGAACGUGGAUUUUUCCGGAAUUGACCGACUUAUUCAACAUGGAUCAGAAGACAUGAGAACAGUGGGUUACGGUAUGAGAGGAAUGAUGAAAUUGUUACAAAUUCAACAUGAAAAAUUGAUGGGAAAAAAGCCGGAUGAUGUGACGACUGGCCUGAAAGCCAGUCUCGUUCCAGCUCGUUUUUUGAAAGAAAAAACGGUUAUCGUCAGAAAUCUGACAGAUGAUGCGGAUAUUAAUGUGAAUAAAGUAUUCGGGCAGCUAACGGCACAGUCAUCUUCACUCAAGAAUAUCGUGAUAAACGCGGCAAACGUGUGGAUCAAAAAUGUUGUCCCGGACGAGCAACGAAAACUCUACUCGACCAGCAUAAAACCACAACAACCACAAAUCACUUUUCCAGCUCAAUUAUUAAAUGGCCCAGCGGGCCUUCUUGUCAGAUGUCUUUCUGUGACAGGAGGAGACAAUUCUUCAAAUGCUGUGAACAUUAGUCUCCUGUUCAAGCAACACGUUUCUAAUCUUUUCAAUCACGCUCGCUCGAAAAGUGGAAUAACAAACUCUCGUAAGAGAAAGCAGCAAAGCGAGGAUUACUCUUACAAUUAGUUUAAAUAUUUUCAUUUCAUUUUUUCUGUUCUCUCUUCUUUUCCUUAAAUUUUUUAUAAUUUUCUCAUUUGUGUUGUGUAAAUUUUUUUUUCGAGCAAUGAACUUCACGAAACUUUUUGUG